CUAUUGAUACUGUAAUAUUAUUUGCAAACGAAAUUUUCGAGCAACCGACACACAAUGAAUUCGUUUCAGCGUCAUAGAGUUUUGCCUUCGACAUCGAAUGACAAAUCCCCUAAAGUGGAAUCAAAAUAUUUCUGCCAAGCUUCAGAUAAUGAGAUCAAUAUAUCGCUCGAACUCAAAUCACCUUCCCGCUAUGUCAUCAAAACUCCUCUCUGUUUUGUUCUUGUUAUUGACGUGAGUGCUAGCAUGGAUGCACCAGUCGGAAGUGAAAGCAUCACACUUUUUGAUAGAGUGAAGAUGUUUGCUCAUAUGAUGAUUCAAUACUUAUCUAGUGAUGACUAUUUAGCAAUAAUUUCUUUUGCUAAAGAUGCAACACUUGAUAUGGGUAUAACAAAAAUGGAUGAGAAUGGAAAGGAUUCAGCGAAGAAAACUUUACUGCAUCUUCAACUGAGAGGUUUAACGAAUUUAGAGUCUGGUUUGACAAAAGCACUCGAGGAAAUCCAGAGGGCAAAAGAACAUGUUUUACAACAGAGCAAUAUAAGAUCCAGUAUUAUUCUUUUUACUGACGGAGUACCAACUUGCGGAAUAAUAGACGCCGAAGGAAUUAUUAGCAAGUACAAAUUAAUUGAAUCGUCAAUGCCAGAUGUAGGUCGUAUUUCGUUGUCAGCGUUUACCAUCGGCAAUUACAGAUCUGAAGUUCUUGCAGAGAUUGCAUCGAAUCUCAGCAAUGAAGCAUUUUAUUGGUUAGACGAAAAUCAAGAUUUUGAAGUUGAAAUGAUGAUUCCGUUCUUACUAAAAAAAAAGACACAUGUGAGCGAUGUUUGUGUAAAGUUACAAUCAAAUAAUGAGGUUUUCUUCAGUCCAACACGAACUUCAAAAGAUCACCUGGUAGAGGGGCAAACUAUGCACAAUCUGGAAUAUUUUUUACAUUCUCUUCCGGAUGAUAUGCCAAAAACGAUACCGUUACAUCUCGAGAUUCGAUCUGGGGUAUUGCUAUCGAUGCUGCACGGACAAAUUAUUUUGAAUGCGCAUAUUUCUUACUUGGAUGAAAACUUAGCAAAUGUGGAGUUUCAGGACACUAUUACAUUCUCCCAUUCAACUUUGUAUGAAAUUAUGUUUAAAACUCUUCCUUCGUGUGAAAUUCAAGCAAUCGGGUCUGGAACGCAAGCUUAUGCUGAGUCUAGUUAUUUCUUUACAUCCAAAAACAGUCAGACCGAAGAUUCUUGGCAGCAGGCUAAACAAGCAUUGGUAAAAAAUGUGCAAAUGACUUGCAUGGAUUAUACGAUUGAUGUCAUUCAAGAAGCACAAAAUCAAACUUGCAACAAUGUUAACAAAAUAGCUGUGGACAAGCUGCAGUCAAUUGAACAUGCAUCAGAACAAUUUGAAAAACUUGUAUGCGGUGACAAAAUUGCGCUGUAUAGUAUGAAUGAAUACUUGCAUAAACUCAAAUCUCACUUGGAGACAGCAAGACAGGCAGUGCUAGUCAAAAGCGGAGACAACUUUUCUCAACUUGCUGCAAUCUCUUCAGCAUUGAAAAAUGAGUGUCCUGGUACCGGCGGAGUAUCGGGCUUAAGAGAAAAGCACAACAUCUACGAUGAAUUAAACGAUUUACGGCAGGUAUUCAUCGAUGCAAAAGCCCGUCUUCGUAAAACAUCGCUAACCAAAGGGACCCAAAACUAUGCACGUAUGGCGGAAGUUCUCAAUGCAAUUUACGGAGAACGCGAUGGGGCAAUACAGAUGGAAUUAUUAGAGAAUGAUAACGUACCAACGUGGAUAUUUGAAAACAUUCAUUUUGUACUUGCUGAGUCUUAUGCAAAUAAGACUGAAUUGGAAAGCAAAAUUCAUAACUUGGGUGGAACUUCAGCGAAUUCACUAAAAAGCAGCAGAGGACGAAGAGUAUACGUGAUUUGCGCAAAAGACGGUCCUCGCAACAGACACAUACUUGAGGAAGCCCAACAAAAAGGAUUUCCUAUUGUACAUGAAAACUACAUCGAAGAAUGUGAAAGACAAAGGGAGCUUGUUGCAUGGUUUAAAUUUGGAAUGAAAUCGUUAUGAUUUUGUAGUCAAGAAAUGUCAGCUAGAACGUUUGAUUCAGUUAAAUUCUCAGUGUUUAUGAGUAAAUAAUCAUCUAUGUAGCAUAAUUUAAUUGACCAUUUUUUAAUGAGUACACUUACUUGUCAGUCAUGAUCUAUUUUGUUCCAAACUCAAGCUAGUGACAAGUUUCGUACUAAAACUUUAUUUGGGAAACCGUAGCUCAGUAUCAAACAUCCAUUGUUUGUUCUGUUGUUUUCUAAAAAUUGGCACUAUUGUUUAACAUUAUAUGUUCAACUAUUUGAGAGGCUAUAAAUUAGAAGUUGUAAAAUUUGAGAUAGCUCGUCAUAAAAAAUAUAACACUCGAAUCAAAAAUAUCCUAAUUUAUUGUUGCGUGUGGAUUUGGCAAUAUGUACCAUUUUUUCUUUGUUCUCUAUUAAGUGCUAUUUAUUGCAUCUAUGGGAAAGGUGUGGAUUUUACAAUUGCUAGAUACCAGAUUAUUUUUUAAAGAAUGUUUUAUAUUCAAAUAAUUACAUACGAUAAUACAUUUACAAUG